UUGAACGAGUCAUAUAAAAGGAGCCGAUUCUUUGUGCGGUUCGUCUUGACUCGUCUCUCCCGGAAGUUCUUCCUCUGCUGGUGGUCCGUGUGACCAGAGUCCGGAUUAACAAUAACAGCAUUUAAUACCAUGGCUGCUCGUCUGCUCGUCAGGAGGAUCUGGACCGCCUCUGCGAAAAACUUCCGCCUUCUCCCCGCCGCCAGCGCCGCCUCGUCCUCGUCCUCGUCACACGUCUCCUCCCUGAACACCUCGACCCACACACGGUCUUUCCUGUCUCCUUCCUGCGUCCUCCCGCUGUCCUCGCACAGGUGCAUCUCCUUCAACGUGCAGGAUCAUGACGACUUCACAGAGAGGGUCAUCAACAGCGAUCUGCCCGUUCUAGUGGACUUCCACGCGCAGUGGUGUGGUCCCUGUAAGAUCCUGGGCCCCAGGCUGGAGAAGGCCAUUGCUAAGCAGAAGGGUCGAGUUGCCAUGGCCAAAGUCGACAUUGAUGAACACACAGACCUCGCUAUAGAAUACGGGGUGACUGCAGUUCCCACGGUGAUAGCCAUGCGCAAAGGUGAUGUCAUCGACCAGUUCGUCGGGGUAAAAGACGAAGACCAGCUGGAUUCGUUUGUUAACAAGCUAAUUGGACAAUGAUUUUGUCAGUCAAACCCUCAAACCCAACCCUCUUUACACUUUCGUUUACAGCUAAGCUCGCGCACACACACACACCAGGCUAAUCCAUAAUUUGCCUCGUAAUCGUCACACUGUAUCUCUUAGAUUUUUCUGAUGUUGUCCCCGUGUCGUCCUCCAGAGGGCGACCUCUGACUUUAACCCAAUUCCCUACGAGACAGCACUGAUCAUGUUCAGCACAGCAUCAUGUUUAUCUCACAAAUCAUCUGUUGAUGAAUGCAGUUCAAAACACAGGCAAUAGUUCUGAUCCCAGAUCAGUGUUCUCGCCCCGACAAGGGAAAACCAAUCAAUAAACACAAACAUGUAUGAGGGGAAAAAAGUGUGUUGUGUUCAGAUUACUGUGAAAUCGGAGAGUUUUACCAAGAAAAUGUGAUCUCUGACGAUUUGUGGUUCGCAUUUUGGUUUUAUCUCCAUAAACGUGGUGUAACGCGACCAGCUAAAAUAGGUUUUGAAAUAAAGCAGAUGUGUGAUGUUCUUCCAAA